UGAUACCAUUAACUAAUAUGUGCAUUUGCAAGACCGUCAACGGAUCGCUGCAAGCGGUUGGUGCAAUUUGUGGUAAAGAAGAAUGUAAAAUUCGGGAAGAUUGUCUAUCGAUUAGUACUCAAUAUGUAAGGCGCAUUUCUUCAAGCUUGGAUGCACGUUACAAGAAUUUGAGGAAAUCCAAAUAUUGGAGACUAUUUUCAAACACAACCCAACCAGCACAUUUUGUAACAAUGUUGGCGGUCGCGACAAUAAGUUGUUUAAUGAUGCCGAACUCCACCGAAUCGCAGAAGAACUCAUCACCGUUACUAAAUCUUCUGUAUUUGGCAUCUGUGAGUGCGCAUUUUGGUAUUCAACUAUGGAUGAGUUUUGUAUCCGGAUUGGCGCUUUACUUCACGCUGCCUCGCCGUAUAUUCGGAAAAGUCCAAAGAAUACUGUUUCCAAAAUACUUUCUAGUCAAUUCCAUACUUAGCCUGAUCUCGUUAUGUAUAUUUUUAAGGAAACACAAUGGAAGAUUAUUAGUACCACAAAUACGCUUACAGGUCGAAGCACUUCUACUUUGCUUUUUCCUCGAACUGAUCAUACGACUCUACCUAACACCUCCUCUUUUGCACUUUUUGCAGAAAGCCACCGAAUAUGAGGAGGAAGUGGGAGUCGGAAUGGAAGUUGGGAGGCAUAAGUCGGGUGUUCUUGCUCGUAAUAAAAAUUACGUUUUGGUCUAUACUUCCUUUAGAAAACUACAUAUGGCCAUAGCAAUAGGAAAUAUAAUAACGUUAGCUUGCAGCGUUGUUCACAUUUAUUAUAUUGCAAAUAUAAUUCAAUUUACGUAAACGAAAGGUGUAGAAAUUGAACUUCGCCAUUGAAUUGUAAGGCU